AUGAUCGGAGUGAACUAUGGACGUCUGGGGACUAAUAUCCCAUCCCCUGCGGCGGCCGUGAAGCUCCUCUCCUCAUUAUCAGUAACCCAUGUGAAGAUCUUCGACAUGGAUGCAUCCGUGAUCAGAGCUUUCGCCAACACAGGAAUUUUUCUGUCUCUGUGCGUCCCGAACGGCAACAUAUCGUCACUGGCCUCGGAUCAAUCCUCGGCAGACCACAUUAUCAGGCAAUUUGUGCUCCCUUUCUAUCCGAAAACCAGGAUAUCUUCGAUCUCCGUCGGGAACGAGGUCUCCAUGCUCCCGGAAUUCGCCGCCUCGCUCCUCCCGGCGAUGAAAAAUCUCCACAGAUCCUUGACGGCAUUCCGAUUGCAGAGUGUGAUCAAGGUUUCCACCACUAACUCCUUGGCAGUGCUGGCCAUCAGGUUCCCUCCUUCGCUCGCUGUGUUUCAGGAGUCAAUCGCAGAGCCCGUUCUUCGCCCUCUGCUGUCAUUUCUUGCGGAGACGGGGUCCCCUUUCAUGGUGAAUCUCUACCCAUACCUGACCUUCAUGGAGAUUCCCUACAUCCCCCUCGGUUUUGCUCUGUUCUCGGAGAACACAGAGAGCGGCUUCAGCUUCACAGACCCCAACACCGGGCUCACGUACACGAAUCUGUUCGAUCUUCUCGUCGAUUCCUUGAACUCUGCUGCGUUUUCUCUCGGAUUCUACAACCUCCGCCUCGUUGUGACUGAAACCGGAUGGCCGUCGCAAGGUGGAGAAGGCGACGGCGCCGCCUCCAUGCGCAACGCCGCCGCUUUCAACCAGAAGCUGGUGAAUCACGUCGCCGGGAUUCCGAUCAAGGGGACGCCUCUGAGACCUGGUUACCCCGUCGUGACCUACAUAUUCGCCCUCUUUGAUGAAGACCUGAAAGAGGGAGCCCCCACGGAGAGGCACUGGGGGCUGUUCUUCGCCAAUGGAACGAAGAAAUACCAGAUCAGCUUCCUCCCCAAACCUCCGUCUGUCUCUGAUGUGACCCAUUAG